AUGAACAAACCCCAGCAGACCGUCCUUAUCGUGGGCGGCAGUGUCGCCGGCCUCACCCUCGCCAAUAUGCUCGAGAAGUCUGGCGUACACUACAUUGUGUUGGAAGCAUACGAUGAGAUUGCACCACAAGUUGGAGCGAGUAUCGGCCUUUUGCCUAAUGGGCUGAGAAUUCUUGACCAGUUGGGAUGUGCAGAUCAAGUCAUGUCUUUGAUUGACAGGCCUAUACGAGAUUCAUACCUUCGAAAUCCGGAUGGGUCACUGAUCGAGCACUAUAGUGGGAUUCGUGAGGGUGAAUUGGAAAGCUUCAUCGACAGACAGAUGUUCUUGGAGAUUCUACACAACAACUUGAAACGAAAAGCCUCGGUUCUAUCUGGCCAGAGAGCUGCGUCAGUCAAGUUACUCGACCAUGGUGUCGAGGUUACAACAAGUAAAGGUGAAGUCUACCGGGGCGACGUCCUCGUUGGUGCCGAUGGAAUCCAUAGCACUGUGCGGGAAGAGAUGUGGCGCAUUGGCAAUGAGGUGUCUCCUGGUUAUUUUCCUGUGGAUGAAUGGUCGACGGUACCCUGCUAUUAUCGAUGCAUUUUUGGCAUCUCACGUCCUGUUGAAGCACUCUUAGGAGGGAUACACUAUGUGCACAAUCACAGCUUUUCCUAUCUAGUCCUCACGGGGCCUGGCGGGAGGGUCUACUGGUUCCUCUUUGUCAAGCUGCCUAUUCCGCUCUACGGCAAUGAUAUCCCGAGAUACACCAAAGAUGAUGAAGCUCGGCUCGCCCAAGCGCACGCACUUGAUCAAGUCACGACGACUGUUCGGUUUGGCCACAUCUAUGAAGCUAGGACAAGCUCUACACUGACCCCACUCCACGAGCAUGUGUUCCAGAAGUGGCACUUUGGCCGCAUUAUGACGAUUGGCGACGCGGCCCACAAGUUCCAUCUGUUGACUGGACACGGAGGCAAUGCUGCCAUUGAAACAGCUGCUGCUCUGGUUAAUCAUUUGCUUUCUAAGAGGAAUCUGAACUGGAGCGACUCGGAGAUAGACGCUGCCUUUAGCGCUGCGCAAAAUGACCGUCGUGAUCGCGCGUCAUGGCUUGUCGCAGAUGCUCACAAGUGCCAGCAGAGGCAUGCUUUGGCGACGCCUUUGUGGAGGCGAGAACACGCGGUCCCGUAUGACGAUGAGCUUCCCGAAAAGCCGCUACGCCCUACCUGGCUUCUAACUGGCCUUGGAGCUAUGACGCAGGGGAUAUUGUAUCGACUAUCCAACAAACUAUUGCUGCCCUUGCAAGUUCCUACCACAUUUGAGGGCGCCUCCCUAAGGGAUCACUACACUGGCAUAGGAUCGGUGGACAAGAUUCUGACUGACACAGCAAGGCCGGACUGGUCCAAUGGGUGUCUUUCACCCCCUACUGUUGUCAACCACCCUCGACUGGACCAUGGAAGCUUAUCGAGCAGGCGCCAAAGGGCUCCUAACCUCCCUGCCAACUCUAUUUGGAACCGUGUACCAGUUACUAGGCGUUGGUCGGAUCUCGCCACUAUAUCAUUUGAUCUCGUUACCAAGGAAGUCGUUGAUGCUGUGAUUCCUGGCCUAGGCUUUGGUUACAUCCUCCCGACUGCCCUCAUGUUGUGGCCAUUCGAGAACAAGGAUACCUGGCAGAAGUUUGUCGCCUUGUGGCAGCCGUUUCCCAUUUAUGUUGGUGCCCUUGUUGCUGGGCUUUCGACUGUCUUCCACAGGCAGAAAGCCACGGCGACAGUGAGCGCUCUCAAGAUGAAACAGAGCCAAGCCAGUGAGAAACCGAGCAAGCAAGACAAGGCCACACAGUCAACUCUCAAACUAGUUUACGCAGGCGGAGUGGCAGCAACAGCUCUUGUCCAUCUCUGGGCGGUGUAUCGCAUUCUUUCAAGCUCCGAUCUCAGCGUCUCUGCUGUAUUUGGGAAUCCCGCCUUCCUGCUCUCUGGGAGUCAUGCAUCCACUCCAAAAGAUGAUGUUCUUCUUUUCUUCCAGAGAGACAUGGUCUUGAACGCCGCUUCCGUCCUCGCCCAUAACUUCUUUCGAGUUCUUCAUCUGCGGAGCUUGGGGUAUGUCACCACUAAGCAGGCAGUGGUGGCUUCUCUUGUUACAGUUGUUGUGCAACCGGUUGUUGGACCAGCUGCCGCUCAUAUCGGUUUCCUGGGCUGGAGGGAGGACGUCUUUACGAAGGUUCAGCAACGGAUCAGUGGUUGCAACUAG